AUGGCGGCCUCUCCAACAGAGCAAGCAGAUCGCCGGCUCAUCCGCAGAGUCAGGUCCAAGAGCGAUACGCCCUAUCUCGCCGAGGCUAGAAUAUCCCUCAACGUGGAAACAGCUGAAGAAGUAGAGAGGCUGGCUGCAAUGCGUUCCGAGUCACUGGUCCCAGGGACACACACGCCACCCAUCCGGAGAAGGAGCAAGCUAGCAACCCUAGGGAGGCUGUUCAAGCCAUGGAAAUGGAGGAAGAAGAAAAGCGAGAAGUUUAAGCAGACAUCUGCAGCUUUGGAAAGAAAGAUCUCCACUCGUCAGAGCAGGGAGGAGCUGAUUAAACGAGGUGUGCUGAAGGAGAUUUUUGAAAAAGAUGGAGAUGCUCCUGUGCACAAUGAAGAGGAGGUAGUAGAGAAUGGCCAGGUCCGGACAUCACGGCAGGAAGAAGGGGAGCAUGAGCCAGAGUUGGGUGAAUCCUUAGCAGAUGACUCAGCCCAGUGUACAGAGUCAGUGGACAACCCAGCUGCUGAAGAGAGUCCCACUGAUGGCAGAGCAGGAGUACCUGAGCAGGACUCAUCAACUAAACCAGCCAUCUUACUUCCUGCCAAGAAGUCUGUAGCUUUCCACUGUGACAGUAAUGAAAUGCCUGCCAAACAGCAGUCCCAGCCGAAGCAGCCCCCUGCCCUGCCUCCAAAACCACUCACGAGAAUCGCCCAUCAUCUGGCUGGUUUCCCCACUGCCUACACCAUUCCUCGACUAAGAAGACAAACAGACAGGCAGGCAGCCUUCUCCCAUGACUCUGCCCUUUGCACUUCUAAGAGACCAGUGGGGCACAUGAGAGCAAUCCGGGAUGCUGGCCAACCUGUGAAGCUGCCUUGUAUGCCGCCGGUGAGAUUGUCACCCCCUCUACCGCCAAAGAAAGUGAUGAUAUGUACUACAUCACAGGCAGCCGACACACCCACCAAUUCCUAUUCUGCAGCACAGAAAAUCACCCAGCAGCCUUCCCAGCUACAUUUCGGGGGUUCCCAUUCCUCGGCCUUAACUGGUGCGAUGACUCUCCAUCCUGCAGUGCCCACAAGCAAGGUGAUAGAAGAACUCAACAAGACACUGGCCUUGACAAUGCAGAGGCUGGAAAGUUCAGGAUUGCAUACAGGAGAGAGUGGGAUGAAAACAGGAAAAAGCAAUACACCCGACAUCCGACAAGUGCCAACAGUGGUGGUUGAUUAUGAUGAUGACAAAGAGAAUGUGCCUAAUGAAUCGGACUAUGAGGACACUUUCAGUAUGCACGGGGAGGAAGAUGAAGAGGAUGAGGGGGAUAAUGAUGAUGAUGACGAUGACGAUGAUGACAAUUUUUUCACAAGUUCAUUAGCAUUAAAAGUUUGCAGGAAAGAUUCCCUGGCCAUUAAACUCAGCAACAGACCGUCGAAGCGUGAGCUGGAGGAGAAGAAUAUCAUUCCAAUGCAGACUGAUGAAGAGAGGCUUGAAAUGAGGCAACAAAUCGGCACAAAGCUCACAAGGCGAUUAAGCCAGAGGCCAACUGCAGAGGAACUGGAACAAAGGAACAUCCUGAAACCAAGAAAUGAACAAGAGGAAGAAGAGGAAAAGCGAGAAAUUAAAAGACGGCUUACACGGAAGCUUAGCCAGAGGCCUACUGUGGAGGAGUUGAGGGAGAGAAAAAUCCUUAUCCGUUUCAGUGACUAUGUGGAGGUCGCUGAAGCCCAGGACUAUGACAGACGUGCCGACAAGCCGUGGACGAGACUGACAGCUGCUGACAAAGCUGCUAUUCGUAAAGAACUAAAUGAAUUCAAGAGUACUGAAAUGGAAGUGCAUGAGUUAAGUAGGCAUCUAACGAGGUUUCAUAGGCCCUAGCCAUUAACAGUGCAGAACCACAGUGAGUCUUACAAAAACCUGAAGUGCUAGGACUGUACAGGUGCCCAUUUAUCCCAACUGGGACAGAACUCUUCUUAAUUGCCUUUGUGUGUCAGAU